UUGUCACUCUUUUUACUUCCAAAAUGUUGGGAGGUAUGUCUGUGGAGUGCUGUUGAGUCACCAUAGCAGACAGCUGAGCCUCCAGACUCUUUUGCUGAGCAUUUUGCGGAGCCUCUGUAGCCUGCUGCUGCACGGCCAUGCUCUGCUGAAGCUGAACUGUAGCUCGAGCAAGUUGCUGCAACAGUUCCUCCAUCUUAGCAAAAAAUGGAUUACUGGCUCUUUAAAUGUCAGUUUUCAGAGAGAGAGAAAAAAAAUUGUCUUUGCCCUUCUGUAGUGCCUGCCCACAUCCGACCACCAGUUGUGAAGUUCGGGGAUCACAGCGGGGUUUUCCAGCAGACAUGCAGGCCACUCCAGAUUGAAGGUAAACUGUCUGUUUUUCUCAACUCAAGUUAAGUCUUUCAGCAGUGGUACAGAAAACAAAACAGCUUCACUUCAGCAGUAUAAGUCCAAAAUAAGAAUCACUUACUUGCCAAACAUAUAACAUCCAGACUUACAUUUCACUGGCGAAUCAGAGCACAAAAAACUGAAGAUACCAGAACUCCCUGGCUAAGACUUGAAGGUCCUGAGGGUAAUAAUCCUGUGAGUGGAUCAUCACAGCAGAAGAUGCAUUCCAGGUCCCAGAGAACAAAAAUGGCUCCCUGCAACAGUCUGAGCAAAAGAACACAAGCCAUCAUUAUACAAACCUCUACAAAGUGCUAAAGAAUAUGACAACCAAGAGAGGUCCAGUGACAGAGCUGGAGGAGACCAUGUUGCCUUAUUCAUGUGUUAGACCCCGACUGUUGCACUCUUUGUUGCAGAAGAUACAUUUUGCACUGAAAUCUGGAGGUCAAUGUGGAAAACUUCAAAUAACAUUAAUACAAUUGUCUCUACUAUUGUCCCUACUGUUCGGCACAGCAUUACCCUUUCCCAACAACUGCCAUCAGUACCGAUUCUCUACCAAUGGGGAACAUCUGUUGAACCAACAUCUUUCCAUCAAAAUAGGGACCACAACAGAAUACUGCAGUUUCCAGAUGAAGUUCCCCAAACAUAAAGAAACUUGCACUAAUUCCUCCCACGUGACUCUGGUCAACGACACUUGCUUGUUGUUGCAAACAAUGGAUCUGGAAUAUAAGACCUUCUAUCUGGAAUAUGGAGCUGGGAAGGUGGGCAGGUCUGCAGAGGCCUUGUUUGAAGGGUUUUGCCAGCAUAAAGAUGAUAAUGAAAUGCCACCAUCUAAAAACCCUAACAAUAUCAUUGCCAUAUGGGCAUCAAUAGGAGUGAUUGUUCCCACCAUCAUUGCUGUGAUACUCAUAGUCAUGUUCUGUAGAAGAAGGAAAAUUCCACAUUCCAUCUCUUUAAAGGUGGUUUCUGGGCUGGAAAGUAACACUUCAGCUACAAAUGAAGCAGAACUUCUAAGACUAAAUGAAGAACAUUCUUAGUGAUGGAACUCGUGAAAGGCAGUGAUUGCUAAAUAACGAAUCUGCUGAUAGUUACCAAGAAGAAAAAACCCUAUCUUUGAGAAGUUCCUGAAUGUUGCACCUUCAUUAAUAUGUAUUUCCUUACAUAAUUUGCCUUGAUUUCAGGGAGGGUCCGCCCAAUGAAAUGUGGGGGUUGUCCUGUUUUGCUCAUUUACAAACAGGGAUUUGCUAAUUGUUCCUGGAAUUAAAAUGAAGUGUCACUAUUAAUAAUAAUUACUAUAAUAAUAAAUUAUAAGUGAAACCGUAAGAAAAAUACCUGUGCGGCGGGGUCGCC